AUGGCCGCGGAGUAGGUUCAGUGCGUCGCGAAACUUAGCGCAACCGGUCGUUCGUGGUGAACCGCCCGGCGUGUGACCGCAAAAGGAACAAAAACAGGACACGAAACGUCGUCGCGACAGGAUAACAUCGACUAAGAAGCGGUGUGCGAAAAAAAGUGGUCGCUCCUGCCUACCUAAUCAGUUAAACUUUACCUCAACCUACCUCGUCUGACCUACCAUCUUUAACCAUCCAUCCACAACCACUAUGAUCCAAAGUAGCUACAAGGCCAUGUACAGGCCGAACUUCUACGAGAGCACCUGUCUGCGUUGCAACGAAACAGUGUAUCAAGUUGACAGAGUGGGCCCCCUAAAAGACUUCACCUUCUUCCAUAGUGGAUGUUUCAAAUGCGCUGUAUGCGGCACCAAGCUCACCCUAAAGACUUAUUAUAAUAACCAGCACAGGCAGGAAGACAAAGAAGUGUACUGUAGUGGACACGUACCUAAAAUUGGACCUGGACAUUUAGAUGGGUCUUCGGUGGUUAUUCGGAGUGCUUUGAAUGUGCCCAAGUCGACGAAUUUUGUGAACGAGCAGAUCAGAGGACCAGGAAGAAGCAGUUUUGAAAGCGAUGGUAUACAUGUUCGGACCCACGUCAACGGUAAUUCCCACCAGGCCUAUUCGCCACCUUACGGCGAUCGACCGCACUACAGUCCUACGUCAUAUCCUGACGGGGGAUCCCCCGCAGGAUACCAAUAUGGCAGGUUUGACGCGAGCGCCCUGCAUAUAGCGCACGCGCUCAAGCAAACGGAGCUACAGAAAAGCUACAAGAUAAACAGGGAGAAACCUAUAGACGUAUACUUGGACAGAGAUGAACAAAGAAAACUGGAAAUGAAACAUCGAAAAGAGGAAGAUGACUUGUACAGAAAAUUCGCACGACAAAGAGAGGAAGAAGAAAGAAGAAUGAGAGACGAAAUCAGGGAUGAAUGGGAAAAGGAAUUAGAGAGGUUAACGACUCGGUUCGAGAGGGAAAUGCAAAUGAAACGGAGGAGAGAUGACCAAAACAUCUUAACUUUGAGGCACCAACAAGAAAGAGAAGACCUAGAGAAAAAUAUGACGUUGAGGAGAGACAAAAAAAAGGAGUCUUUAACAAGAAAAAUGUUGGAACACGAAAGGGCGGCUACUGCAGCAUUGGUCGAAAAACAAAGCCACGAAAUGUUAGAGCUGAUCAACGAAAAAAGGAGUGAGUACAUGCAGGCAGAGUCAUUAUAUUUAGACCACAACGAAGGAGGUUAUAAUGAAGAGGCACAGCCCUAUCCAGUACACGCCCCACCUCCCGCACCUCCAGCAUUAAGUAAAUUUCAGGUGUAUAAUGACCCUGCGGAGUUCUCGAACGUAGACCAAAUCGCUAUUUCAGUUGCUCAAGAAGACCAAAAAUCUUUCACUGACCUUGUCAGACAAUUAGUUGGUAGAUGUGGAUCGGAUAUAGAAAAAGCUAGGACAAUAUUUAGAUGGAUAACAGUAAAGAACCUAAACACAAUGUCAUUCGAUGACAACCUUCGAGGAGACACACCAAUGGGAUUACUUAGAGGCAUUAAAAAUGGUACUGAAAGUUAUCACGUGUUAUUCAAAAGACUUUGCAGUUACGCAGGUCUGCACUGUGUAGUUAUCAAAGGUUACUCCAAAUCGGCCGGAUACCAACCAGGUGUAAGGUUCGAAGAUAACCGAUUCAGGAAUUCCUGGAACGCAGUUUAUGUAGCCGGUGCGUGGAGGUUCGUACAGUGCAACUGGGGAGCAAGACAUUUGGUAAACGCCAAAGAAGCACCAAAGGCGGGAAACAAGACUAAGUCAGAUAGUUUAAGAUAUGAAUAUGAUGACCACUACUUUUUGACGGACCCAAAGGAAUUCAUCUACGAGUUCUUCCCGCUUCAAUCCGAAUGGCAGCUAUUGAAGAACCCCAUCACGCUUCAAGAGUUUGAAGAACUACCCUUCGUUAGAUCGUUGUUCUUCCGAUAUGGACUGUACUUCUCUGAUCCCAAAACAAAAGCAGUCAUGUUUACUGAUUCUACAGGAGCAGCCACAGUGAAAAUAGCUAUGCCAGCUCAUAUGCAAGGUACCCUCAUCUUCCAUUAUAACCUGAAAUUUUAUGACAGCGAUGGUGAUAGCUUUGAAAGUGUAUCGCUCAAGAGAUUUGUCAUGCAGUCUGUAGUGGGCAAUACAGUCGCUUUCAGAGUUCACGCGCCUUGCAGUGGGGCAUUCUUGCUCGAUAUUUUCGCGAACGCAGUUACCCCAAAAGAGUAUUUGACUGGCGAACCUAUGAAGUUCAAAAGUGUGUGCAAAUUUAAGAUUUGCUGUGAAGAUUUGCAAACUGUCAUGGUACCGUUACCAGAUUGCGCCAGUGGAGAAUGGGGACCUACAAAAGCGACAAGAUUGUUUGGUUUGGUACCUAUUACACACCAGGACGCGCUUAUCUUUGCUGGACGCGAACUAGAAAUCCAGUUCAGAAUGUCACGACAAUUGACAGAUUUUAUGGCCACGCUCCAUAAAAACGGCGUAGAAGAAAAACGACUGUCAAAAUUCGUUUCGCACAAUGUUACCGAUGACAUAAUUACCUUUAAUAUCAGUUUUCCCGAAGAGGGUCAAUACGGGCUGGACAUUUAUACCAGAGAAAUGGCGCCACUGCAAGACUCGCCUGGAGAAAAACACCUCCUCACGCAUUGCUGCAAAUACCUGAUCAAUUCGUCCAAACGAAAUUAAGUUUAAUAUUUUUUGUUCUUGUUAUUAGGACAAGUUUUUGAUUCUAUUUUCAGAAGUUAUCUAGUCCUAAAUUAAUUUUACUUUUGAACGAACCUAAUGUUAAAAAAAAUUGACGCUUACAGAGUAAUACCAGUCUAUUAAGGCUACUUUGAAAAAUAAGGUGCUAAUGUUGUGAAAUUAAAAGUUUAUAUGAAAGAAGAGUAAAUAUACAGUGUGUCCCAGUGUCCUGAAAAAGAAACUAAUCUUCUUUGUAAAAUAUGUGAGCAAAAGCAGCGCUCAUUUUUUUCAGAGAUAUUACACGGUAAUUCAAAUACCGUAUGAUCGAGAAAAAACGGCGUCAGCGAUGGCUAUGGAAUGAAGAUCGCUGUCAUUUUAUAUGUAAAUUUAUAUGGGAAAUGUCAUCGAUGUUCAUUUCCCAGCCAACUGGACGCCGUUUUUUUCGAUCAUAUGGUAUAUUGACUACGUAUAUAUCGGCUAGUUACAAUCCGAUUGAACAGAUCAGAUUCACUUUAGUCCAUCCAAUAAUAAGUAUACCAAAUAAUAAUAUCCCGGCGGCGAUUGAAAUCUCAAUGCGCAUCCAAAUUCUUAACUCGAUCCUCUUUUUCGGUAGGAUUGAACUUAUUCAAACGGAUACAAACAUAAUAUCAUUUGAUAUACACAAGAUAGGAUCGACUUAGAAUGACAUUUAGUACAACCUUCUAACCUUACUUUCGUUGUAGUUUGUUUUGAUUUAUAUGCUGACCAAAUAUCUAAUUUUAUUUUGUCUUUUUCUUAUUUAAAAUGGAGAACAGUCAAAAGUUAAUACAAAUAUCAAAAAAUACUUAAAACAACACUAAAAUAUCUGUUUCAUCUUAUAAUUAUUUAUCUUUGUACAGGGUGGGUCAAAUUGGACGCUU